AUAGACACUCUCGUCUGUGGCUACGACUAGUUUACACACCGUCCCAACGGCGACAAAAUGGCAGCCGUAGCUACCAGACUGCUGCCUCCCUGCUUUGCACUUGGUCUCGUUUGUUUGCAAAUUGCCACAAGUUGAGAAACGUCGUGGUUGACAUGCGCCAGUUUAUAUUCCUGCGUUACUGGCCGUAGCCAGACACUGAGCAGUUUUCGUUUCAUUUCCAGGUGACAAACAUCCAUCGGACACAUAGCUAGCUAGCAAGAUGGUGAAAGAACAGUUCAGAGAGACGGAUGUUGCCAAAAAAAUAGGCAAAGUCUGCUUUGGUUUGAUGUCCCCGGAACAAAUCCGUCAGCAAGCUCAUAUCCAUGUCGUCAGCAAGAAUCUCUAUCUGCCAGAUAAUAAUACCAGAACACCCAUACCCUACGGGGUACUAGACCAUCGCAUGGGAACAAGUGAGAAAGAUAAUCCUUGUCUGACUUGUAAGAAACCUCUAGCGGAAUGCUUGGGCCACUAUGGCUAUGUGGACUUAGAGUUUCCUGUCUUCCACAUUGGUUAUUUCCGAUCCAUCAUCAGUAUACUACAGUGUAUCUGCAAGAGUUGUGCUCACAUUCUGCUCCCACCCGUCGACCGCCAGUCACUCUUGGAUGCCCUGCAUAGACCGACGCUGACUUACCUACAACGCAAAGGCUUGAGGAAGAAAAUCAACGACAAAUGCCGUAAGCAGCAAUACUGCCCUGCUUGCAAUGCAUUCAACGGCCAAGUCAAAAAGUGUGGCACCUUGAAGAUUGUCCACGAGAAAUACAAGAGCACUCGACGAGGCAGGGAGGACGCGAUGGUCCAGUUCCAGGGAGACGUAGAUAUUGCCCUGCAACACAACAAGGCCCUGGAGCCUUUUGUGUUGAAAGCUCAGGAAUGCCUAAACCCUCUGUUGGUGUACAACCUGUUCAAGAGAAUCCCGCAAGAGGACAUCCCCUUGUUGGUGAUGACUACCGAAAGUAGCCGACCACAAGAUUUAAUCCUGACACGAUUACUGGUCCCGCCCCUCUGCAUCCGGCCUUCAGUCAUCUCUGACCUCAAAUCAGGAACAAAUGAAGAUGAUUUGACUGUCAAAUUGACAGAGAUCAUCUUCCUGAAUGACGUCAUCAAGAAGCACCAACAAGCAGGUGCCAAGAUGUCCAUGAUAAUGGAAGAUUGGGAUUUCUUGCAGCUCCAGUGUGCCUUGUACAUCAACAGUGAAACGUCAGGAAUUCCUCUCAAUAUGCAGCCAAAGAAAGCGACCAGAGGCUUCUGCCAGAGGUUGAAGGGUAAGCAGGGCCGUUUCCGUGGUAAUCUCUCCGGGAAGCGAGUGGAUUUCUCCAGCCGAACCGUCAUCUCUCCCGACCCCAACCUGAGAAUUGAUGAGGUUGCAGUUCCUGUCCAUGUUGCUAAAACUUUAACCUACCCAGAAAAGGUGACCAAAGCUAAUAUUGGUCUGAUGAGAAAGCUGGUCGUGAACGGUUGCGACAUCCACCCAGGAGCCAACUUUAUUCAGCAACGACACACCAAUAACAAAAGGUUUCUGAAAUAUGGUAACCGGCAGAAAACUGCCCAAGAGCUCAAGUAUGGGGACAUUGUGGAACGACAUUUGAUGGACGGUGACGUCGUUUUAUUUAACCGUCAGCCAUCCCUUCACAAACUUAGCAUCAUGGCCCAUUUUGCUCGGGUGAAACCCAAUCGGACGUUCCGCUUCAAUGAGUGUGUUUGCACGCCCUACAAUGCCGACUUUGACGGGGAUGAGAUGAACCUGCAUCUUCCUCAGACAGAAGAGGCCAAGGCAGAGGCACUGACCCUGAUGGGGGUCAAGUCCAACUUAGUUACACCGAGGAAUGGGGAGCCCCUUAUCUCUGCAAUCCAGGACUUCAUUACAGGCUCCUACUUACUGACUCAAAAAGACGUCUUCUUUGAUCGUGCCAAGGCGUGUCAGCUGAUUGCUAGCAUGCUAUCCCAAAGAGACGAGAACUUGCAAGUCAAGCUACCUCCACCAGCCAUCGUAAAGCCAAGAUGCCUGUGGACGGGCAAGCAGAUCUUUGGAGUCAUCAUCAAACCCAACGACUCCUGCGGAAUUGUCAUGAACCUUCGCGCCAAGGCCAAGAACUACUGCGGCAAGGGGCUGGAUCUCUGCUACAACGAUUCAUAUGUUGUGGUCCACAACAGUCAGCUCAUGUGUGGAGCAAUGGAUAAGAGUGUCUUAGGGUCAGGGUCCAAGACUAACAUCUUCUACAUCUUGCUGCGAGACUACGGGGAAACCUUCGCAGCUGACGCUAUGAGCCGCUUGGCACGGCUCUGUCCGUUCUUCCUCAGUAAUCGAGGAUUCUCAAUCGGGAUUGGCGAUGUCACUCCAGGCGAGGGACUGAUAUCAGCCAAGAUGGACCUUCUCAAAGCUGGAUACACUAAGUGUGACGAAUAUAUCAGUGAUUUAGAGUCGGGAAAACUCCAGACUCAACCGGGCUGUUCGGAGGAAGAAAACUCGAGGUAAGCAAUGAUCCUGAAGGAGCUUUCGGUGAUCCGUGACCACGCAGGCAAGGCCUGCUUAAAGGAACUCCAUAAAAGUAACAGUCCGUUGACUAUGGCGGUGUGUGGUUCCAAGGGUUCAUUCAUCAACAUCUCUCAGAUGAUUGCUUGUGUAGGUCAACAGGCUAUCAGUGGACAUCGCAUACCGAACGGAUUUGAGGACAGGGCCUUGCCUCAUUUCAAACGCCACUCAAAAGUUCCAGCUGCCAAAGGCUUUGUGAAAAACAGCUUCUACACCGGCCUGACACCAACCGAGUUUUUCUUCCACACUAUGGGGGGAAGAGAAGGUCUUGUGGACACUGCAGUCAAGACUGCCGAAACUGGCUAUAUGCAGAGACGACUUGUCAAGUCGUUGGAAGAUUUGUGCUCGCACUACGACGGGACGGUGCGUAAUUCCAUGAGCGACAUUAUACAGUUUGAGUACGGAGCAGACGGCCUAGACCCCACCAUGAUGGAAACGAAAGACAAACCAGCCAACUUUGAUAGAGUCUUGCAUCACAUCACGAGCAAAUUCUCCUGUCGUGAGGAAUUCACCUUGAGUAGCCAGACACUGCACUCUGAAGCGUAUCGCGUUAUCGACAGCGACGACUUCAAGAUGUGCAGUGCAGACUUCCGAGAAGAACUCAAGAGCUUCAUCGACACAGUGUGUGAAAAGAUUCAGCGUUGCCGGGCCCUCUGUGGUCUAAACGAAGUACAAGAGGAGAGAAACGUCCUGUAUCAACUAGAGCGCAUCACGCCCACCCAGCUGCAGCAGUUUCUGAGCAUGUGCAGAUCAAAGCACAUGAGGGCGCGCAUCGAGCCUGGUACCGCCGUGGGCGCAGUAGGGGCACAGAGCAUUGGGGAGCCAGGAACCCAGAUGACCCUCAAGACAUUCCACUUCGCUGGUGUGGCAUCCAUGAAUAUCACCCUUGGAGUGCCCCGUAUCAAGGAGAUCAUCAAUGCCUCCAAGAGUAUCAGUACUCCAAUCAUAACGGCUCAGCUCGACGUAGAAGAUGACGCUGACUUUGCCAGGCUGGUGAAAGGACGUAUCGAGAAGACCAAACUGGGAGAGGUGUCUGAGUUUAUCGAGGAAGUCUUUCUACCAGACAACUGCUUCAUUUUGGUCAAGCUAGACAUGGAUCGUAUCAAAUUACUCAAGCUUGAAGUCAAUGCCGAAACAGUCCGAAAAUCCAUCUGUGCCUCCAAACUCAAAGUCAAAUUUCAGAAUGUGGAAGUGCUUUCCACCAACAUGUUGACCGUGGCACCUCAAGAGACUAGCAAGAGUUCCAUGUACUAUGCCCUGCAAUUCCUCAAGGAGAAUUUGACAGAUGUUGUCAUCCAGGGAAUAUCAAACGUAUCUCGCGCUGUGAUCCACAUUGACGACAAGGGUAGCAAAUCGCUCUACAAACUCUUGGUAGAGGGCGAUAAUCUACAAGCUGUGGUAGCAACAAGAGGUGUUAAGGGAACUGCCACAACUUCCAACAACACAAGUGAAAUGGAGAAAACCUUAGGCAUUGAGGCUGCAAGACGCACCAUCAUCGAGCAGAUUGAGUACACCAUGGUGAGCCACGGUAUGAGUAUAGAUCACCGCCACGUCAUGUUGUUAGCUGACCUGAUGACUUACAAGGGUGAAGUGCUGGGCAUCACUCGCUUUGGUCUUGCCAAGAUGAAAGAAAGCGUCCUGAUGCUUGCUUCGUUUGAGAAGACAGCUGAUCAUCUCUUUGAUGCGGCUUACCACGGACAAAAGGAUGCGAUUUCUGGUGUGAGUGAAUGUAUCAUCAUGGGUAUCCCAAUGAACAUCGGAACAGGGAUCUUCAAACUUCUUCACAAAGCUGAUAAGGUGAGCAAUCCUACUCAGCGGACACUCAUCUUUGACAAUCCAAGGUUCCACCUGCUUGAAACGACUUGACAGCAACAGCAAAGUCAUCCUGAUGGACAGGAGCUUCAGAGAUAUGCAAAGCCCCUCUCCCCCCUUACGACAAGGGAAAAGCAAAGAAGCAUACCUUGAAGAUAAAUAUUACUUGGAAGCUUUCAUUAAUUUUGAACCCUCUAGCUGACUCUGAAGAUUUAAGUUAACUGUAAAAAGGACUGACAUAGUGGAAGUACGCUCACAAAAUGGGAGGUAAAAGCUUAUAUUUCGAAGCAGACCUUCUAAAAGAUAAGCGGUUCAGAAAUUCCAUUUUCUAAUGAAUAAAGAUCCCACAUUAGAAGACUCAUACACAAUCAGAUGUUUGUUUUCAUUCCAAAAAAUUACCUGUGCUGCAGAGCAAAGUUACAUUUCUUGGUCAAACAUUAAUUUUAACCAAAACUUAAUUAUUUUGAAAGACAAAAACCUUUGGAAUUUUGCUAAAUGUUGUUCAUAAAAUUCCAUAUCCAGAUGCCUCAUACAGCAUAACUGUUCAUUUAAAACUUGUUUCUGAGUAAUUUUGGACAAACAUUAAAUUUCAGCCAAAA